CUUUUCAGUUAAUUUUGUUGGACGAGGAUUGUUGUUACUAUAUUUGCUGUGGCUCUGAGAUUGUCAUUCAACUUUUUUUACUGUUGCUGUUAAUUCUUAUUGAUAUCAAGAAUUGAGAUGACAGUGAAACACCAGAAAAUGAACAGAAGCUCAUAGCCUAUAGUAGGCGCUCGUGCUUCGUGUGGUAAGGCGUGAGGGUGACCGUGACUGCAGCUAUCUGAUAGGUCAGGAUGUGUACUACAUUAAAAAGCAAGACCAACUUUUGCAAGAAACACAGGCUGUUAUUCUUGAUUGUCAGAAGAGGCUGAACGCAGCUUACCAGGAUUUGAAAGCUUUUGUGGAGGCAGAGACUGAACUGGAAGAAGUUGAAGAGUAUCAGGCUGCCAAAACUGCUGUUGAAGAGAGUGAAUCCCAUAUCACUGCUUAAAAGUUAUUUCAAAUUUUCACCUGUCACAAGGAGACCUAUACCGUGCACAUUUUGAAAUUUGUGUUUUUUGAGAGUAUACAGUUUUGCACAGAAAUAAGGUGUAGAGGCUGAUAUCCCAGAAUGUGACAUGUUUAAAUGCUUGUGUUUAUGUGUGGAAGUGAAAUCUGAAAUAUUGAUUUUUAAGUAAAAAUUUGGCAUAUGCAGUGCUUUGGAACAGCUAAAUGCUGUUGUGAUUUUUAGAUGCCUUAUAAUAUGGACAUUAUAUUUACAUUUGAUGCCUUCAAUUGACUAGAAUAAUAUUACUUUAACAUACAUGUUCACAAAAGUUUUUAGCUUAAUACUAACAAAUUAGCACUAUUGUGGUGUUUAGCAGUGUUUCAAUUUGGUGUCUAAAGUGAUUUAUUGUGAUUUAUAUACUAUAAUUAGGUCAGCUGGUUUACAGAGUUUCAGAAGCAUAUGCUGUAAAACAAAAAAUUCUUUUCAUUGAAAGAUUUUUUUAGGGGUAAAUUGCCCAGGACCUUUAUUUUUCCAUUAUGGAUAAUGGCCAGUA